AUGCUCAUAGCCACCAGCGACUCGUUCUGGGAACCAGGCAACUAUAAAAAGACUACGAAAAGGAUCGAGGACGGCUACAAACUCUGUCAAGAACUGAUCUCGUUGGUGAGCGAACGAGCCGACAUCGAGAGGAACUACGCCAAAUCGUUGAAGGCCUGGUCGAAAAAGUGGAACGACGCCAUCGAGAAGGGACCAGAGUACGGCACCACGGAGGCGGCUUGGAAGGGAGCACUCGUGGAAGCCGACAGGAGAUGCGAUCUUCAUUCUCGGAUCCGAGACAGUUUAACUAACGACGUUAUAAAUAAAGUUAAACAGUGGCAGAAGGAUAAUUAUCAUAAGGUAUUUAUUUACUAG